AUGAUGGAAUUCGGAAAUCGACGGAGAAGCAAAGAAGACACAUGGUUUAUAAAUAGGGCACAUGUUCAUGAAGUAAGAAGAAAAGACAUGACAUCGAAUCAGAGACCUUUUACGUUGGAACAAGCUUCAAGAGAAAUCAAACGAAGAAGAAGAAGAGAGCGUGAGAAGAUUCUGAUACCCAACGAUAUCGUCGAAGAAAUUCUGGUGAGGCUUCCAGUGAUUUCGCUCAUAAGAUUCCAAACUGUGUCGAAACAUUGGGAAUCUCUGGUUAGUUCAAGAGAUUUUGGGGAAAGGUACAUGUCUCAUCAGAAAACUAAAGAUCCCAAGCUCUUUUUUAUCUGUGAUGACUUAGUAAAUCGUUCGAGAAACACACUUUUUAUUCAGACAAUGACGACGACAUUGAAGGAGACCAUGACCGCUUCUCUAGAACAUCGAGAGUCUCUGGAAUUCGAGGAAUUCAGAGGGUUUCUCCAGAUUUCCGAGAGCUGCGAUGGUCUUGUCUGCAUUUAUGGCAUGACAAUACCUUUAGAACUCAUGAAUCCUGCCUCUGGAAUGUCCAUAUCGCUCCCUCUAGCUAGAAUUCAACGACUGCAUAUUGACUAUCCCAACCCGGAUCUUGUUCUAGUUACCGGACCAGAUCCAGAGCCAGCAGGUCAAUUUUAUGGAUUUACUCGGUUUGGAUUUGGGAAAGAUGGUGUUACGGGAAGAUAUAAGCUUGUAAUGUAA